AUGACGGUAGCACCAAAGAAGAAGAAGACAAAGAAGACGAUGUUUAAUAAAAAAGGAGUGGUCGCGAUGUUUUCUUCCUCUUCUUCUGAUUUGUCUUCUUCUGUUUCUUCUUUUCAAAAUGAUGCAAAGUUGUUAGGGGAUGAUGAUGAUAUUGAUGAUAUUGAUGGAAGAACAAGUAGUAGUAGUAGUAGUAGUAGUAGUAGUAGUAGUAGUAACACUGAAAGAAGAAGCGAGAAACAUCCUCACGAAAAGAUUGUCUUUUACACGCACUCGUUGUGUCCGUACGCGCACAGAGUGAGACUUUGUUUAGAUGAAUUACAUCUGCUUCGUGAAGAAGGAGGAAAAGUAGAUAUCGUGGACGUUGACCUUUCGAACAAACCAAAAUUUUUCCUCGAUAUGACCAACGGGAGAGGCGUCGUGCCUUUGAUUGAAUUCUCAGAGACUGGCGAACUCGUGAGCGAAAGCUUACGAAUUAACGAACGGUUGUGGGAGGAGUAUUAUUCUGAUGAUGAUUCUUCUUCUUUAACUUCUUCGUCGUCGUCAUCAUCACCCUCAUCUUAUGAAGACGCGAAGCGUUUCGCCAACGCGUGCGACCAAAAAUUCGUGAGUUUAGGAUUACAAGCGAUCGGGGGAGGUUGGAGUUUUGAUACGACCAGAAACGAAAGGACUUUAGAGCGGUUUGAGAGAGAAAUUUGGGAAAUAGACGCGUUAAUUGAGAAGCACAAUGAUGAUGACAAUAGUAAUACUAAACGCAAAGUCUUUCUCUUUGGCGGCGACAGAGCGUCUCUGGCGGAUGUAGCGAUAUACCCGUUCGCCGAACGAUUCGAACUCGCCUUGCAACAUUUCCAAGGGUACACCUUAGGAAACGUCGAAUAUUAUCAUCCUCCUUCUCCUCCGUCCUCCUCCUCCUCCUCCUCCUCCUCAAAACAUCAUCAACAGCCGCGUCAUUUCCAAAAAUGGCUGAAAACGAUGCAAACGCAACCGUCCUCGCUUCGCUGCGCGGUGAAAAACCAAGACGCCUUAUUGAAAUCGUGGUCUCGAACGAAACGGUUGGACUAUUUCGACUACGAAUCCGCGGAUUACAUCAAUCCUUAA